AUUCAUUCCAGACUCACUCAUUCCAUCACAUCUCCUACGCUCGUUCCUGUCCUUUAGAAGUUACAUCCACAUCUUUCUCAACGUUCUUUCUUCGUUUCACAGCUGGUCUGUCUCUUCCCACAUUCAAUCGAACCACCUUCGCCGCUUUUCUCAAAGAAAACAAGAUGCAUUCGAACUCGAUGUUUGCUAUACUUGCCGCACUGAGCCUUGCAGCGGCCACUCCUAUCGACUACAGUCUUCAAGCACGAGGAAAUACCCCGUCUAAGCCUGCAGAUAUUCAAUGUUCCGGCGAGAUCAUUGGAUACCGCACGAUCGUAACUCAGGCAAAUGCGGACAAGGUAAACAUAGCGAAGACAUUUCCCAAGGACCAGCCUGGAGGAAUCGAUCUCGGUAGCAGCUCCGUCUACUUUAGUGAUGGCCUCGGCGACUGGAAGGGUGCCGGCACAGGAGUCAAUUGGUGCAUCGCCUAUGCGGACAGCGCCCAACUCAAAGCCGCCAAUAAAGUCUGGUUCACUGAAGAUCAGAAGUUGCUACAGUGCACUCGCUUCAGCGAUGCCAAUGUCAACGCCUACAUCAACAUGGUCUCGAACAACAAAUUCACUCCAGCAUCUACGCUGCGCUUCUCAGAGCUAGACAAACAUCUUCAAGUGGCUAUACCAUUCGCCAUGCUCGAUAAGAUGAAAGUCUGCGGGAAGUGCUUUCCGAGAGCAGAGGCAGAGAAGAUGGUAGCCCAAUAUCCGCGCGUCAACUGGAAUACGUCAGUAUACAAGGUUUCAAACACGAGGCUGAGGCGCAAUGGUCUUGAUGCGAGGGCUCCUGCAACCUGUCCUCUCAAGGCGUCUCCAACGCCCAAGGGAAAGUCAACACCGACUCCUACGCCCAAGGGAAAGUCAACACCGACUCCUACGCCCAAGGGAAAGUCAACACCGACUCCUACGCCCAAGGGAAAGUCAACACCGACUCCUAAGGGAAAGGCAGCACCGACUCCCACGGGCAAGAAACCAAGGGCCGAUUUCAAGCCGUGAUUCCCUCAGUGGUGCCGAUCAGAUAGAUACCUCCCGGACGCAACCUCAAUCCCACAAUCUAUAUUGAAUGGCUCGAGUCUUCUAGCACUAUUGAAGCAAAGAAGAAACUGUUGCGGUAUUGGUCGAUCCUUACAAGACCCUAUCACCCUUGCUAAGACUGUUCUGGACUAGCACGUUCCAGAGUCCAUAUAUAGUGGUCUUCUCCUAGCCAGAUAGCAAUUCAGUGGUGUGUUCCAUC